UUUUUGCAAACGUCCUUUUCUCUCCAAGAAGCUUCACAUUAGUCGCAACUGCAGAUAUCGGAUUACUAUAGCAUAUAGCUGCCUUACAAACUGAAAGAUCAAAUUCAAGUGCUUGUAUGAAAAACUUUAUUUGAUAUCUUCACGAAAUUUGAUAUGGAUUAUUGCCCAAGGCAAUGGCACAAAUUACAAAAAAAUUUUCAGGUCGGACCACUAAAUCUCAUAGCAGCCACACGAACUGACCGAUCAAAAUCAAGUUCUCGUAUGGCACCUUUUAUAAGUGAAGAGUAUUAUAGUUUUGGUGCAACCAAAGUUAACGUUUUUACUUAUUUUUUUAUUGAAUUUUAGUCAAUCUGUAGUUAAUUUCAAAUACCAAAAGCUAAUUUCUGUUAUAAAAGCACUUAAAAAGCUAUGAAAACUUUCAGCGCGAAGUAAAAGCUUUGGGGCCUUCCCUUUAUCUUUGUUGGCCAGCAGCAAGUCACCAAACAAAAGUGAAAUGUAGAUCGUAUUCAAGAAACUUUCAAAGAUUUAUAGACAUACAUCAAUAAAACAUAUACAUACAUAGAUAUAUAUUAGGAUAUAUGACCGCAAGUUUGCGGUUAUGUUACGGUUAUGAAAUACAUAUACACCCACUCUGACAUAAAAUGUAUAAAUGUAUACGUUACAGGAAUUUCAAUUAGACAAUUUAAACAUAGGUCCUUUGCGAUACCCAGAAUUCGUAGGUAUCAAUCGACAGAACCUCGACUAACCGUUUUGAGUCUAUACCAAAUCUGUUGAGACAUUUUUUCACCUUGCCUCCCUAACAUUUUGCAUGAUUGAAAAAUGUUCGGGGUAAACCUCAACAACUGCAAGAUGAAACUAGCUGAGUAUAAGUAGUUCUUUGGAUCCCUAACCAGAAGAAUUCCGUCAAACCGCUAGACCGCAAGAAAACAGCGGAGGUCCAACACGUUUCUAAUGUGAGCUUUUUGGGGUAAGAGUGCUCACUCAUGCCUGUUCAUCGACUUUAGAGUUUGUAGAGAUUCCGCUUGUCUUGUUGUUCACAUCACAUUUUACCGGUAAUAAUAAAUAACCGUCGGCAGUUUGACAUUGCCUUUUACCGGAAGUUAAUAACACACAACAUCCCUAGGGCUAUGACGUGCAUCAAUACCGUUAGAAGGUUUCAUAGGGAAUUUAACUUGAGUCAUCCUAAAAAUAGUAGCAAAUGAUACUUAGUUUACAUAGAUAUAUAUAUCUACAAAUGUUUGUAGGUGGGUAAGCGCCACAUUCUGCAAUUUUUUCAAUUUGUAUAAUUGAUACUAACUGCACAUGCCAGAUCUACAUACAAAUAUACGCCCUACAUAGAACAGCGCGCUAACCUAUUUGACAGCAAUUCAUCACAUAAUAAACAUAUGACAUAUGCGUGCAUAUGGCCAUGCACUCAUGCAUAUAUACAUACAUAUAUAAAUAUAUCGGGACAUGAGAACAUGCAACAAAGUUGAUCUCUACUAUGGAAAAUGGCUAUCGACUCUUAUCUAACGAACUCACCCGUUUUUUUUCAUUUCCGCGAAAUUUAGAAAGAAAUAUUCGAAUGGUAAGAAGUUAUUAGAAGCUUAACAUAGACGAUAAUAAAUGCCAUUAUGCUUAAUUAACAAUUGGUGAAGUAGAUAAUAUUAGGUGGAUUGAGUGUCUACUGAUUUAGAGGACUUGGAUUCAAAUCCCAAUCUUCUUGAGUAAAAGGAAGGAGCUUUCGGGCGGCUAAAAGCUUGUAAGACUCUAUGCAUGUCGGAUACCGUCAUAGCAUACAACUUUUAGUUUGAUUCAUUAGGCCAUCCUACUCAUUCGACUCAGAAACCGCACGCGGCUAAAUCUGGUAAAUGGUGGAUGUUUAAGCUGUUCGUGGCCUGAUUUAACCAAUUUAACAGUGGCAGACAGCGAGCAAAGUGUGAACCGUGGCAUUGUCAUGGCUGAGCAGUACUUUUUUGUUUUCCAAAUCGGAUCGUUUUUUCCAAGUCGACAUCAAGUCGAUCUAUUAAUUCGGCAUAGUAGGCCCCGUGACCGUUUUGCGUUUCGUCACGUCACGUCGUAGGUACACAAUACGUGAUCCCACCUUGUAACUGUGUGUCGUCGACAGUCAUAAAACUAAAUCAGUAUCAGACAUUGCUGUAAAGUGGUCGCACGGUCCCAUUUGUUGUUUCGAUAGAGCACUUAGGCAUGGCUUAUCAAAAACCAAACAAAACCAUUUCUUGGACGUCGCUAUGGAAGGAGAAGAGUCAUCGCAUACAACAUCCAAGCACUCUUUGAUUUCAAUGCGCGGUUUCACCAACCGAUAUUGCUCUCUUUCCAUUUCCCUAAAAUCUGCAUAUACACGCAGUCAAAACAAAACUACGAGUCAAAGAAUGUGCUACACGAUAGUAUAUUUCUCUUGCGAUAUUGACACUAUCAGGCUAAGUACUUAUCGGGCCGCCCUCUUAAUUAUUCUUCACAUAUUUGCUUUCUUUUGACCAUUUCUACUACUUUUAUUUACUUUUCACUUGUGUUUAAAAGCAUUCACUACGGCAACUAUUACUACCAGAUUCAAAAAAUUAUAUCAAUUGUUUCCAGUGUUGCGCCGUAGAAGAACAAAUUCUGUUUAUUCUCUUACAGGAAAUGAACAAAUUCGAAUUAGUUUAGAACAGCGUACUUCCGCGCUUUCAACACCACAAGCAUAACUACAGUUAUUAGAAAUCAAAAGAAAAUCCACAUAUAAAGAUGGCAACGCCACCAAGAACACAAGAUCGUCACCCACGAAAAGAUAUGGAGGUCGCUAUUAGCACCUCUGCGGAUGCACAGCGAAAAUUGGCACGAAAUGACGUUGGCACAGGGCUAUCGAAUAUCAGAAUUGACAUAACCGACAAUAGUUUUUUUCAAACUCCAAUCCCUCUGCCUGAAGGGAAAACGCUUAAUACGAGCACACACUCUAAUUUAAAGCACUAUCAUUCCAACCACGACAAUAUGCUAACCUAUAACACUUUACACAAUAACAUCCAACAUAAGCAUCUGCACAUUCAGCCGAACAUACAAGUGUCCAACCAUUUGGAUAAAAUGUCGAUACGCUCAGUCAGUUCGGAGGAUGUUUCGACCACGGUGGAAGGCAAAUGCUGCAGUGCUGCUGCUCGUAAUCCGGCAAUCAAAACGGGCCGACGGAUACAGCUAAUGCAAGUAAGUGCUUCAAAUGGCAAUAUUUACUUUCGAACUUAAAAUAGGAUGUGCCUUAAAAUCUGAACUUUUUUUACGCGAAGUGAUAAUCCGAUUUAUGAUGAUAAUUUUACCAUUCAUUCCAAUACUUGCGCUGAUUGUUCAAACAUCAGUUAUUCUACAAGAAAUUCUCGACUACAGAGCAGAAGUGGCUGACAUUGAGACGCAGGUAACAAUUGCUACAAACUUGGGAAAAGUUGUGACCCGUCUGCAGCUGGAGCGAUCGGAAGUGUCCUUUUAUAUCUUCACCAAUGGCAAUAUAGAACGAUCAAAUUUAACACGGAGAUUCGCUAUAACUGACAAUGCUUUGAAUAAUCUGACAACAUGGAACGAAGUUAGUGUCCCCACAUUGCCAGAUGAAGAUGAAGAUUUUGAGGUUAUGCUUAAUCGGACGGAGUUUCAAAAUCGUUUAAAUGAAUUCAGAGAUCGUGUGCGCUCAGAACCUGAAGAUAGUUCAAUAACGGAUGUUAUGAAUUGGUACACGGCAAUCAAUCGAGCUCUACUCCACCACCUCACUGAACAAAUUAAGGAAACGGAUAACAGUGGCGUAUGGCGCUACCUGAUUGGUUUCAAAAAUCUCUUAAAAAGUAUUGAGUGUCAGAACAUUGCUGCUUCUUUUGGCACUAAAUACUAUGGACGCGGUUACUUGGGCUUGGAUGCGCUGGUUUCCUUCAUUCGCUACGAGUUUUUAUCGCGUGAACUCAUUAACUCAACACUAAAUUAUGUGCCCAGCUUGAGGCCAAUGUAUAUGAACAUAACCAGGACCGACAAAUACAAGAGGCUGAAAGCGAUGAAUAUAAAUGUUUUUAAAAACAAACAAGGUGUUUCAGACGAACGGAAUGCUAUACAAUAUUACGACACUAUGCACAAUUUUACAGAUGAUUUGCGGAUAUUACAAAAGGCGCUACGGCUUAAAAUCAAAGAAUAUGUCGAUACAACUCUCUCGGAGGCUGCUAAUAAAGAGGCGGUGGGCAUAGCUAUAUUGGUCGUUGUUCUAUGUGUUUCUCCAAUUAUUAUAAUUUUAGUUAGGAAUGCUGCUGCUACCAUACAGAUGUAUGCUGUAAAUCUCGCACAAAAAGCGAAGGAGUUGAAGAGGGAGAAACGUAAGAGUGAUUCGCUACUUUUCCAAAUGCUGCCCCCCAGUGUUGCCAUGCAGCUAAAACAAACACAACAGGUACGCGCUGAAAUGUAUGAAGCUGUAACCGUUUACUUUAGCGACAUCGUCGGUUUCACAGAGAUAGCUGCAAGAUGUACACCUUUGGAGGUAGUCACCUUUCUGAACUCAAUUUAUCGUGUUUUUGAUGAACGCAUUGAAUGCUAUGACGUUUACAAAGUGGAGACAAUAGGCGACUCCUAUAUGGUAGCAUCAGGAUUACCAGUCAAAAAUGGCGAAAAACAUGUUUCGGAAAUUGCCACAAUGGCGCUUGAUUUACUAGACGCAUCGUCUUUUUUCAAAAUUCCACGGUCAACGGGGACGCUGCAAAUUCGCUGUGGCAUCCACACAGGUCCCGUGGUCGCUGGUAUUGUCGGCACGAAAAUGCCGCGCUACUGCUUAUUUGGUGACACGGUGAACACAGCCUCACGCAUGGAGUCAACCGGUGAGGCCCACAAAAUUCACAUCACGGAUGAAAUGAACGAGGCACUGCACAGGAUUGGUGGCUUUCGCACCGAGCACCGUGGACUUAUUGAUGUAAAGGGCAAAGGCCUCAUGAGCACUUACUGGCUGACUUGCAAAGAUGGUCCGGUGAAGGUUCGUUGUGAAGAGAUUUCCUGGUUUACUGACAUGCAACCGGUGUUUUUGGAAAAACUGAAGUCAGAACCACUUUUAAAAAGCGAUAGCAAGCGAAAAUAGUGCCACAUGGUGUAGCUUUUUUCUGCAUACAUAUGAAUGUAUGUAUGUAUGUUUGAAUAUAGAUGUAUAUACUUAUAUUCUCCAUAAAUAAAGUAAACAUAUUUUGUUCGUGUAAGAAUAAAAGGUACAAUAUUUAUUUCAAAUAGAAUUUCUUGGUAAAUAUAUUAUUAUAAGUGAAAAUAGAUCCAUAUGCGUAAAUACAUAUGUACAUAUGUAUCUAUGUCAAAAAUAAAGUUUAAUAAACAUUACACCACAGUGGAUUUAGUUGGAUUCUCAUUUAUAUUUUCUCCAGCGUUACAUCCGCCGGAACAAGGUUGAUACUAUUUCCAUUAAUUUACAUUACCAUAUGCCCUAUAUAUUUCUUGUUAGACAUAUUAUCUGCUUAGG